AUGUCGAAGAGAGUGACAAGGUCGAUGAAUGUUAAUGGUCGUGAAGAUAAUCGAGUCGAGGGUGUGACUUCAACUCCAACUGAAAGCCGGAGCGGUCCCAAUAGACCAACGGUUCAGCUCGCACACCCAGAAGUGAACAUCGCCAAGGAGAUGGAACGUUGUAUGCACGCUGCUUUUCCUGGAAUGCUUGAGUGCAUUCAAACUGCAACGCUUAAGAUGGUUGAUGCUCAUUUGAAGCAUACCGAACCUCCGAGAAGUAAAACCUAUGAAGAUAAAGAAUCAUCUAAGAAUGAAUCUCACAAUCAUGAGGAGUCAAAUGGGGAGGCACUCUUCGAUCAUAAUGAGGUUAAGAAACCUAGUGAUAGGGGAUGUAGUUACAAAUCUUUCACUAGCACCAGUCCAUCGGUUUUCGAAGGCAAAAAUGGACCACUAGCAGCUAUGAACUGGCUCGACGAGAUGGAGAGUUGUUUUCUGACGUGUCAUUGUGCAAAAAAUGAUAUGGUGCAGUUCGCAUCAACCAAGUUCAAAUCGAAUGCCUUGCAAUGGUGGAAAUCAGUUAGAGCCACUAGGGGGCUAUCUGGGACUGCAUCCCUCACUUGGGAGAAAUUCAAGGAGUUAAUGAGCGAAAAGUUCUUCUCACCACUCCAGUUGAGAAUACUAGAAAGAGAGUUCCUACAAUUGGAACAGGGAAACAUGACUGUAGAGAAAUAUGUGGAGAUCUUUAUCGAGAAGUCACGAUUUGCAGAGCACCAGGUGAGUACCGAGAUGAGGAAAGUGAAUCGGUUUGUUGACGGACUAAAAAGGGAACUUAGGAGGCUGGUUGGAAUGUCAAAACCUACUACCUUUCAAAAUGCGGUAGAACUGGCCACCCUUGCUGAAAAGGACAGUUAUGUCCCGGAUGCAUCUAGGAAGAGAAAGAUCAAUCGAGUUGGCCCAGGAAAAUUCAAGAGAACUCAAGUCUUUGGGAGAAAGAAUGGGGCAAUAACUGCUUGCGCCACAUGUGGAAGGAACCAUCUAGGUGAAUGCAGGUAUGGCAAGGGAGUUUGCUUUACUUGUGGAAAGCCUGGGCACAUGUCAAAAGAAUGCAAGGCUAGACCUAUCUGCUACUCGUGUGGUGAUCCCGGACAUCGCCAAAGGGAAUGCCCCAAGAAAAACACGGAGCCACCGAGGUUGCUCGGAGGAUCAAGCGGAAAGAAGUCGGAUGCGCCAAAACUGAAGGGUCGAGUCUUUCAGAUGACUGCAGAAGAAGCAAAGGACACACCCGAUGUAGUGACAGGUACAUUUCUAGUCAACAAAAUACCUGCAAGAGUGUUAAUUGAUUCGGGGGCAAAUAAAUCUUUUGUCUCCACUAAGUUUUGCAUACGAUUGGGAAGGUCACCUAUGUUACUUAGUCAAAACUUAGAGGUCGAAACUGCUGAUGGUAACAUCACCAUGGUGCGAGAGUGUUUUGAUAACUACACAAUAGAAAUUGAGGGUCAAGAUUUUGAGGUCCACUUAUUGCCUAUAGGCAUUAGAGAAUUCGAUGUUGUCAUAGGAAUGGACUGGUUGUCUAAACAUCAGGCUCACAUUAUUUGCUUCAAGAAACUAAUUCGAGUGAGAAAUAAAGAAGGGAAUGAGAUCACUGUGUACGGUAGUCGGCCUGGCAAUCACGUUAACCUCAUAUCUGUGAUCAAAGCUAGGAGAUGUAUUCGUAAAGGAUGUGAGACGUACUUAGCAUAUGUCAUAAAUGCUAAAAUGGAAAAGGGAGCUAUAGAAGAGGUCCCAGUGGUUUGGGAAUUCCCUGAUGUGUUUCCUGAUGACCUACCAGGGGUACCUCCUGAGAGACAAGUCGAGUUUAGGAUUGAAUUAACACCCGGAGCCACACCGAUUGCUAAGUCACCUUACCGACUAGCACCAUUGGAAAUGCAGAAACUGAUGACCCAAAUCAAGGAAUUGUUGGAUAAAGGGUUCAUCCGACCGAGUUCGUCCCCACGGGGAGCACCAGUGUUAUUUGUGAAAAAGAAAGAUGGAUCGAUGCGCAUGUGCAUCGACUAUAGGGAGUUGAAUAAGGCGAAAAUAAAGAAUAGAUACCACUACCUCGAAUAG